AUGGAGUAUCGCCGCAAGUCUGCACGGCUGCCUAAAUCCGCAGAGGAAAAGAUACGCUGGCGGCGUGUUAUUAUCAUUAUUGAACACUGUCCACUCACCGUUGUGCGUACGGAUUAUGGUUUCGAAUUACUCUCUGAUAAACACCGAUCUCAUCACGCCCGCAGUGGCGCAGAUCCCGCGGAAUGGCGUCCAGACGUUGUCCAUCAAUUACUUUUACAUCUCCUCGACUCCCCACUCAAUCGUGCGGGAUUAUUGCAAGUUUUUCUACGCACAAAGAAGGGAGUGGUGAUUGCGGUGGAUCCACGACUGCGUGUACCGCGGCAUAUGCGAUUAUUUGAAAAGAUGAUGGUAUCGUGUUUAUAUAAGAUGAAAGUACGGGCCGCUCAUGGACAUCUUUCACUUCUCCGCGUGGUGCGAAAUCCCGUCACGGAUCAUAUUCCCGCAAACUGCACAAUGAUUCGUGUGGAGAAGGACGGCGAUGAAGUGCCGGAUCUUUACGCCUUCUGUGCCAAGUGCGGGAUUGCCGAUGAAUAUAAGAAUAUCAACACACCAAAUGGAACUAGCAGCAACAGCAACAACAGUAGCGGUAAUAACAAGAAGGAUGAAACACCUGUAGCUGUGGGUUCUUCUUCCUCUUCUUCUUCUUCUGCUUUGAAUGCAAAUACAACAGAGACGCACUUUGCCCAACAACACCGCGAUGCCGCUGCGGCUCGGGAGUUCCGUCCAUUUGCUUUUGUGAUUGGUGGUAUGUCGAAGGGAGACGUGGAUGCGGCGUAUGCGCCUAAGGGGCAAGUGAAGAGUAUUCGUCUCAGCGACAGAAGUAUGUCCGCCGCUGCCGCCUGCAGUGCGAUUGUACAUGCAUUUGAAGAGGAAUGGCUAAAAGAAGAUAAUGAGGCCGAGUAA